AUGCCUUCCGUUCUCAUUUUCGGUGGUUCUGGCAAAAUCGCCAAGUUCAUUACAGCAAGUCUAGUGAAGCAGGAUUACAAAGUAUAUUCUGUUAUUAGACGAGAAGAUCACGUUCCUGAACUUCGCGAACUGGGUGCAACACCCAUCAUUCAGUCGCUGGAAGACUCAACAGUAGCCGAACUUACUGCAACCAUUAAAUCCUCCACACCCGACGUAGUUAUCUUCGCAGCAGGAGCAGGCCUACGAGCAUUCGAAGACCCCAACCUUAGCAUCCUCGUCGACCGCGAUGCAGCUAUCCGCGUCUUCGACGCUAUAGCCGAAGCGAACUGCACAAAGCGCCUCAUUACUAUCUCAACGAUAGAUACGAGAAAUCGUGACAAGCUAUCACCAACCUGGUAUAACGAAGAGGACCAGAAAGGAAGUGAUGAGCUAUGGGGUAUGCUGCCUACAUACAUGAAAGCCAAGUUCGAGGCGGACAAGGACCUAGUGGAGCAGAACUCGAGACGAGGGUUGGAAUAUACCAUUAUUCGGCCUACGUGGUAUGGGGAUGGGGAACCGACUGGAAAGGUCAAGGCUGGAUUGGCGGGAAUCUCACCGAAAGUAAGUAGAAAGGAUGUGGCGGAUGUUUUCGUAGCAUGUAUUGAGAACCCGGCGACUGUUGGGUGUGUGUUUGAGGUCUCAGGAGGUGAAGUUCCUAUUAAAGAAGCGGUUCAGCGUGUUGCUGAGGAGAAGGUCGACUCUUUUGGUGAAAUAUACCGAUAG